UAACCGGUUAUCUUUUGUGGCGAUUUUAAUUUAAUUUUUUGCAUUUAUCAAUGAAAGACAGUGAAAUAACUAAGUUUUUAGUGUCCUUCACUGGUCAGAUAGAAUAUGUGAUUUUUCCAGCGGGGAUAUUUGAUGAGAAGUUGUAUAUUCAGUAUGAAACAGUAUGGGGACCUGAUUGGGAUCCUAUAUCUGGACUUACAUCAGGCACUAGUCAAAUGGCGCAGUCUGGAAAGGAUCCCGAAAGAGUAGUUUUCAAUAUGCCCCUGGAUAUGGUAUUCGGCACCACCAAUGUAUCAGGUUGGCCUCAAGUAGUUAUAACAGUGCGGGCACAGAACACUCUCAGUGGGGACUCACUGCGAGGCUAUGCCUUAGUUCUGCUGCCUCCCACAACAGGCAGUAGGGUAGUAACUGCCCCACUGGUCCGUCCACAAGCAGCUACACUGCUGGGCCAGUGGCUAGCGUGGCUCACUGGCAGACACCCAGAACUGGCUGACCCUAAGAUGUUGGCUAGCGGGAAAGAGAACUAUUUACUAAGAACGGAGUCGUACGGCAGCAUCACACUGCAGCUGUCGAUGGUAUCCAAGGAUAUGAGGAAGCUAGGCUACGACAAUCAGCCUGCUUGCCGAUCUGUCAUGCAUACUUGAUCCUUCCCUCGCGGCACAGAACCCGCGCGAAUUAUAUCGAGCUAUCGAGUUAUAUCGGCUUCGACUGAUAGCUGUUCGACAUCUGUCCCCCUAUUCCCAGUAGUCUUAACGAGUAGUCUUACCGAGUAGUCUUACCAGUUGAACUACUGGGAAUUUCCCGAUAGACUUACUAGUAAGACCACUGGGAAUUUUGUACCCAGUAGACUUCCCAGUAAAACAAAAUUCUCAAUAGUCCUACUAGAUAGCUUUCGCUGCGUCUAUUGGUUACCUAUUGGCAUUAUGGUUACCAAGCAAUAUCGGUCGAGAUAUGUUUAUUGACUGUUAAUUUAUUGAACUGGCUGGGUAAAAAAAUUGGAAGCCAAAACAGUGCUCCGUCACUUCAUAUACUUGUGCGCGUUAUUUACCUACUUCCGUUCGUAUGAGCACGCUCAUAGCAGCGUCGGACCGUCUGCGGCCCUGUGAGGCCGCGCAAUGCGAUAACUGUAUGCUUGAGCGUUUAGUUUUAGCACGCAGCGGUCGUCAUUGAAAUCGCCGAAGUAAACUAUUAUCGUGCGUGGCGUGUAAUGUUUUAAUAUUUAAAGAAGAUGAGGAAAGUAAAUUAAAUGAAAGUGAGAAGUAGGUUUUACUCGAAUUUAUAGGAAAUUUUGUAAUUUAAAUAGAUCGCGCAGGGCGGCGGCGGCGCGGCAUUUGUGCAGCGUUCCGAUUUCAAUACCAAUAACUAGAGUUUGAUUUCGACUUUAUAACCUUUAAUGACUUAAUAAUACGAAAAAAGUGUAUAAAAAUUGUAUCGAACUGCCUACAUACAAAGUCAAGUGUUGUCAUAUACUUACUUAGGUGAUAAUACACGCCGUGUCUUCAAAAAGUUUUGGCAUGUCUGCCCUAUUCCCAAAGAUUCUAAAGAUAUUUUUGUAUUAGGA